GGCAGCGGGCCACCAGGCGGAGCAGCAGGCACCGGGCCCCCAGGCGGAGCAGCAGGCACCGGGCCCCCAGGCGGAGCAGCAGGCAUCGGGCCCCCAGGAGGGGCGACAGGCAUCGGGCCCCCAGGCGGGGCGGCGGGCGCCGGGCCUCCAGGAGGGGCGACAGGCAUCGGGCCCCCAGGCGGGGCGACAGGCAUCGGGCCCCCAGGCGGGGCGAUAGGCAUCGGGCCCCCAGGCGGGGACAGGCAUCGGGCCCCCAGGCGGGGCGAUAGGCAUCGGGCCCCCAGGCGGGGCGACAGGCAUCGGGCCCCCAGACGGGGCGACAGGCGGAGCGACAGGCACCGACUCACCAGGCACGACAGUGGGCUCCGAGUCAACUGGCAUGACCGCUGGCACUGGGUCAGACAAUGGAUCGUCUGGCUGGACAGCGGGCAUCGGGUCACCAGGCAUCAGGUCAUUUGGCUCGAC